ACUACUGUCGACUGUGGGGUUGUAUCAGUGUGUACCCAGCCUCUCGCCUGAAACCAGCUGGGAUAGUUCAAUCCUCUCGAUCUAAGUGAACCCAGUGUUUCCCACCGGACCGUAAUCUAUGUACUGCAGAAGAUGACAUCGUUGUCUAAUUUGCAUAUUUGGCAAUGACGCAUGUCAUGUCUUUUUUAUGGUUGUGAGCAAAAAACAUGAAAAGAAAAAUCCAUUAUAUUGUAUUUAGACUAAACUAUAAACCUUGCAAUCCUACCUACACUCUGUGUUUCCAGCAUCACUCGUUGGCUCCAAUAGACGCAAGGUGCUCCCCACCCCAUCGACAACAGCUGCCACAAUCUUAGCGGUCCAGGCUGUAGUAAUUCUAAACUUGAUGAAACUUACUUAAGAUUUGUCUGAUCAAAACAGUGUUGCUGCAUAAGACUUCAAAUACUAGCAUCCACUUGACCAGUCCAAUUAAUUACUUUCUGAAUCUGCACCCUGGUCUCUAAAUCUCAUUUGAACUGUAGUUCUUUUUGCCAUAAAUUAACCACAUAUUUGUUUAAGCUGCAGGAUUCCAAUAACUUUGUGUUUAUACUGAUACUGAUUUAUACCGAUACAUCGGCCGACCGAUAUCGGGCCAAUAUUUGCGUUCUUUAUUUGAAUCGGCAUCGACCGAUACGUGUGUGGGUUCUCCGAUGUAUUUUUCCGCCGCAUGAUUUACAGACAGGCAUCCGCCGGGCAGCUUUGUGUUGCCGCAGGACCCUGCAACACACGCAGUCGCGGGACCCCUCCCCCACUGCAACAGUGGGGAAUCACAACAAGGGUACGUUUUCAACUUUUAAUUAGCCUCUAACAGUUAAACUUUCACCAUUGGAAUUAGGGAGCUGUUGAUGCUAGAUAAAACUUCAACUACAACAAAUGUUUUGCACAUGGUUGAAUAUUUAUUCCUUUUAAAUAUGUGUUUAAGAAAGCUGAAUCCACUGGUUUAAAUAAAUAUUUAAACUUGAGACCUGUAAUAUUUGUUAUCAUUGUUAUUUUUUCAUGUAAAUUGAGGGAGCAAAAGCAGUAUCGGCCACAAAUAUCGACCCAAGCAAAAUCGGCCAUCGGCUAAGAGUGAUGGGAAAAAAAUCGGUAUCGGCAUCGGCCAUGCCGAUCCCUAGUUCAUACUGUAGCUGGUUAUACAACACAUCUAAUGUAAAUGUUUAAACCUUAUUUACGUCAUGUAUAUCUAAUAUCUCACUAUAUCGCUCAACAGAGGCAUUAUAAUGCUGGACCAAGUCAGCUGCUGUGUAGUUUGGAAGUAUUUACUGUGUAACAACACCGUACCAAUGGAAAAAAAACUAAUGUCCGACAGUGUUCAAGUGUGAAACAAUUUUUAUAGCCAUGUUCUCAACAGGAAUAAUUAGCUUUAUAAUAAAGCUCUCCUCUGAUGAUAAGCUAGCUCACCAAUAAGUGUAGUAUGCAUGCCGCGCCAGUAGAUGGGGAUGUAACUCUGAACGCCUUCGGUCUGCGUCAAAAUAUCAGAAAAUCCUAACAGAUUGGAAGUCUGCAAUUGCUCCUGUUUUCUUUCCGUUCACACAACUAUUUACGAACAAAGUAAAAUACACAUCCGUGAACCGAGGCCGAGAGGCUACUGACUUUACAGUAGUCACAUUUUGCAGCCUGUCACUGCAAAUUAACUUGUCAAAAACAACAAUAUUCUGUGCAACCACGACUUUUUUGUGUCUCGCCUAAAAUGCAGAGCUGGGAUCAGGUUAUUCAAUCCUUACUGUUCCAAUUAUUAGCAGUGUUUACAAGCUAGUUAGCUUGCUAAUGCACCGUACAUGGCCAUGGCUGAAAUGAUGAAUUGAAACCAUUUAUGAAGGACAGAAGAGAGUCUGGGCUCUCAGAAGUGUAGGGCAAUAGAAGUGUCACAAGAAGAGAGUGCACCAUCACAAAAUACGCGCAGAACAUUUCCACAGUUGAGACAAAACAGAGGGUUAAAUGACAAUAACGGCUUUUGACAAUCGCCUGUGAAUUGUGUAAAAGUUUCGCCACUGUAGUUUACAGAUAUAAUGCCGGCUAACAAUGUAAUUGUUUCCGGAGUUAUGGACGUAUUGGUUGAUCAUUGUUUCAUAAUAUUUCUGCCAUUAAUAUUAGCCUGUGUUGUUGGAUGCUGCUGGCAUGAGCUGCAGACCAUUCCAACAAGGCUGUUCCAUACCAAAAAACCCAUUACCGAAGCUAAACCGGGGCUAAUGACAAAUACCACUCAGUAGAUUCGACACGGAUGGCAAUGAAAUGUUAAAAACGAGCACACGUUACCUCCCAACGGUGUGGAUGGAGACUGGACCCAAGGCAUACGGAGCAUUUGACAAUUUCUGACUUUCGUCUUCCAUCUACUUCACAGUCGCCAUUUUCCGUGGUGGUCUGGUGUGGCACAGAUCAUUUAUUUUUUUAACGGGUAACCGUGCACAUGUCUUCCCGCACAGCACCAAAACCAACAAAAUGGACAUUGAGGGGGUUGUAAUGUGAGCAGUUUGUGCUAAAGUGUCAACUCAAAGUUACGUGUGUUGCUGUCGCUUUGAAUUUAGCUACGUAAUGUUUGGAGUCGGCGCGUGUACCCCCGCCAGUGCUAAAAUGUGACACUCCUUAAAUUGACAAUGAAUGGGUUGUCCAACUCAGAUGACUGCACCUUGUCACUGGACAAUCUAUUUUAUGAGAAACCCAUUGACCGCAGACUAAAGCCACUGCACCAGGACGCCAGUCCAUGGCAGCUGGAAGCACCUCCAUCUCUUUCACAGAUCCCAACCACUCAGGUCAUGCAGGAAGAGGCAGAGUUGCUAGCUUCCCUGUACAACAACGAGGAGAUCCAAGAUGGCAGCUGCAGCACCAGCAGAUACGAGUCCCUUUGGGGAGGUGAAGGCUUCGACUCCAUAGCCGAAGAUGAAAGUCUGCAGGACGCUGAUCAAGGAACCAUCAGCAUGAAAUAUUUAUCUGUGGGCGAGAGUAAAGGUCCACCUCUGCAGAGAAGCAGCUUGUUCGAGGUUCCUGCACCGAGCGGUGUAAGUGACUCGUCCAACACAAAUGACCUCUGCAGCGGCGACAGCAGUGGUCGCCAGACAGCAGCCAGACCUCAAACUUUUCCCAGUGUGGUUACCAUGGCAACAGCGCCUCCUCCUCAUCAGCCACCACCACGGGUGACAUUUAGUCAGGCCGCUCCUCCUUUCCCCUUGAAGAAACCCUUUCUUCCCCUUGCUUUGGGCUUGUCUGCAUCGUGUGUCAACGCCCCCCAGCCGACGGCACACACAGAAAUACAGGACAAGGGCACAAAGAGAGCCUUGGUAACGCCCAUGACGCCUCAACCACUCCACAUUCAAGGGUCUUCAGGAUGUGAGAUUUUACGCCCAGUCUCAGAAAUCCCUGCUAAAUUCAGACCUGUUUUCGAUGAGUUUCCCUUUUUCAACUAUGUCCAAUCCAAAGCUCUUGAUGAUGUUCUUUAUACGGAUAAGAAUUUUGUGGCAUGUGCACCUACUGGAUCUGGUAAAACGGUGCUGUUUGAACUUGCCAUCAUUCACCUGUUGAUGGAGACUUCAGAGCCCUGGAGGGAUGUCAAAGCUGUAUAUAUGGCUCCCAUCAAAGCUCUCUGCAGUCAGUGUUUGGAGAGCUGGACGAAGAAGUUUGGUCCUCUGGGGCUCAACUGCAAGGAGCUGACAGGCGAUACAGAGAUCAAUGACUUCUUCGAAAUUCAGGACUCCCACAUCAUCCUCACCACCCCGGAAAAAUGGGACAGCAUGACAAGGAAGUGGAGGGAUAACUGUCUGCUGCAGUUGGUCAGGCUCUUCCUUAUAGAUGAGGUUCAUGUCGUAAAGGAUGCAACUCGCGGAGCCACUCUUGAAGUGGUAGUUAGCAGAAUGAAGGCUGUGCAUGCAUACAGGACAGCCCAAAACCGAGACACAGGCCUCUCUAUGAGGUUUGUGGCUGCGUCAGCCACUAUACCCAAUAUUUCUGAUGUAGCAGACUGGCUCUCCAGUGAGAAAGGCCCUGCUACGUAUUUGGAGGUAGAUGAGAGCCACCGCCCGGUGAAGCUGAGGAAGGUGGUGUUAGGAUUUCCCUGCAGCCCAAACCAAACAGAGUUCAAGUUUGAUUGGUCUCUCAACUACAAGAUGGCCAGUGUCAUACAGACUUAUUCUGACCAGAAGCCUGCUUUAGUGUUUUGCUCCACUAGGAAAGGAACCCAGGAGUCAGCUGCCGUUCUGGCUAAGGACACACGGUUUAUUAUGCCGUUUGAACGCAAGCAAAGGCUGAUGAAAUAUGCACAGGGCAUUGUAGAUUCAAAAUUGAGAGAUCUUGUGAUGCUCGGCGUUGGUUACCACCAUGCUGGAGUUGACGUGUCAGACAGAAAAAUGAUAGAAAACGCCUUCGCUCUGGGAGACCUGCCUGUCCUUUUUACCACCCGCACUCUGGCCAUGGGAGUCAACCUGCCAGCUCAUCUGGUGGUGAUCAAGUCCACCAUACAGUAUACUGCAGGCUCCUGCGAAGAGUACAGUGAGGCUGACCUGCUGCAGAUGAUUGGCCGGGCUGGAAGACCACAGUUUGACACAUCCGCCACAGCGGUCAUCAUGACCAAAGUGCAAACCAAAGACAAGUACAUGAAACUGAUGAACGGGGUAGAAAUGAUCGAGAGCAGUUUGCACAGCCAUCUCGUGGAGCACCUCAAUGCUGAGAUAGUACUGCAAACCAUCAAUGACGUCAACAGGGCUCUGGACUGGAUACGCUCCACCUUCCUCUACAUACGAGCACUGAAGAACCCAACACAUUACGGUUUCUCUGCCGACUUGGACAAAUGUGGAAUUGAAGCAAAACUUCAAGAACUGUGCCUGAAGAAUCUCAACUCUCUGUCAUCUAUUGGAUUGAUCGAUAUGGAUGAGGAUGUCAACAUUCGACCGACAGAGGCUGGCCGUUUGAUGGCGAGGUACUGUGUCGCCUUUGACACCAUGCAGCAGUUCAGAAAAGUGUCUGGCACUGAGAAACUGUCUGACCUGAUUGAUGUGGUGUCGAAGAGCAGAGAGUUCACUGACAUCCAGUUGAGAAUGAAUGAGAAGAAAACCUUGAAUAUCUUGAACCGGGACAAGAACAGGAUUACCAUCAGGUUUCCAAUGGAAGGAAAAAUCAAAAGCAGCGAUAUGAAAGUGAAUUGCUUGAUUCAAGCUCAUUUGGGUUCCAUCCCAAUCCAGGAGUUUAGCCUCACACAGGACACAGCAAAAAUCUUCAGGAACGGGUUGCGAAUCAGCAAGUGCCUUUUUGAAUUCCUGAGUCAGAAUUCCAAGAUUGGGUUCAGUGCUCUGCUCAACUCUCUGAUUCUGGCCAAAUGUUUCAGAGCCAAGCUGUGGGAGAAUUCACCUUAUGUUUCUAAACAGCUUGACAAGAUAGGUCAGACCCUUUCAAUGUCUAUGGCCAAUGCUGGACUCAUCACAUUCAGCAAGAUAGAACAAACCAAUGCAAGAGAGAUAGAGCUGAUUCUCAACAGACAUCCACCAUUUGGAAACCAAAUCAAAGAAUUUGUCAUGCACCUACCAAAGUACGAGGUCACCUUGGAGCAGCUGCCGAAAUAUAGCUCAAGUAUAGCUGAGAUCAUUGUGAAGGUGAAUCUCAAAAACCAAGCGCAACUGCUCUCCAAGAGAACAGCUCCGGACCACCACUAUGCGUCCCUGAUCAUUGGAGACUCUGACAACAAUUGUGUCUUUUGGCAAAAAUUCACUGACCUGACACUGUUGAAGUGCAGUUGCUGGUCAAAGAAGAUCGAGGUGGCAAAGGCGUUAAAAGGAGAUGAGAUCAGCGUUAAUCUCAUCAGCUCAGAAUAUGUUGGCAUCGACAUCCAGCAGAAAUUCAAUGUGUAUUACUCUGGAGCCCGCAGGUUUGAAACGGAUUUUCUGUACAACGUGUCAUAUCACUCUGCUGGACAAAGGCUACAGCAGUCAUCAGCAAAUCCACAGUGUGUUGACAAAGCUGCACCUCUGAAGGGAAACACCACAUCUUCCACACAGCAAGCUUCAGAUGGUGGUAAUAAAAGACAGUGUAACCACCUCUGCAAGAAUAAAGACCAGUGUGGCCAUGACUGCUGUAAAAUAGGUGUAACUGUGGCAAGAAAGAGGAUGACCAACCAAGAAUCUGGGUUUUCCUUGUAUUUGAGGGAUCUGAAGAAUCGGUGUGACACACUUUCACCCACUCCUGUCAAACGACUGAAGAUGAAAAUGAAUGAGGAGUCCAUGAGUGUCAACAUGCAGUUGUUUUCAUGCAAAGCUAAGAAACUGCACGCUGUAUCCAGCGACGUGUAUACCAAUGCUCCCACUGAGACAAAAACUACAGAAGAUUGUCCACAAUAUUCACAUAGUUCUAAUCAGAAUGGCGCUGCUGUUGUAGACACGCACAGAACAAUGGAGGCAGUCCACACUGACACUGCAGAUCAUAUGCAUCAAGGUUCCAGUGGGUGGAGGAAUGCUAGACCCUGGCAAGUGUCCCGACAGGCCAACAAUGACACACUGUCACAAAUACCAAGUGUCAGCUUUGACCUGGGAAAUGAUUGGGACGACUGGAGCGAUUUUGAUGACGAGAACCUGGUUCAUGCCAGCGACACAUCACAGAGCUUAUGUGUCCCUGACACGGCUGAGUGCAGCAUAACAGGUUACGUUGCUCCAUCACCACGCAUAACCAAUGUCAGGCCCCCACUCAGGUCCAUUUCCCAGAGAGCAUUAAACAAACCCGAACCCUCACACAUCACAGGCAGACACGAGAACCAAACAAAGAGUAAAGGGAUGCCAUUAACGGAACCAGAAAGAGAAACUUCAACCUGUGUGGCUCCACUUCUGCAGCGAUUUGAUUUCUUCUCAACAAUGAGCGUGCCAUUGGAUACCGCCAUGAUUGACAACAGCACCAGCACCAAAGAAGAAGAAGCUUUUGUAGGGAUAUUUGAUGGUAUAUUUUAGAACUUCUGGAUGACUAAAUGCUCUUAAAUGCACGUUGCAGGUUGGGGUUCCUCGUCUCAUUGUUAACUUUGUUUCUUCUAUGUCAAAGGAGUCAGUACAGUGUCAAUAUGUAUUACAUUGAAGCAGGAUGUUGGAUAGAGAAUGUAAGGCGAAAUGUUAAUGUUUACUCCUCAAGAAGUGCACAGCACAAGUAGUGCUUACAUGAUAUUUAUUAAAACACUUAAAGAUGUGGCAUCCAUCCAUUUCCUAUGCUGCAUAAUAUCAUUUAAUAUCAUGUAAUUUGAACUUAAAAUAUAAGGGUUGUAUCAAAUAUUUUAGACCAGGGGUCGGCAACCUU